AUGACCGAGACCAUCACAAAAGAAGGUAUCUCUAAUACCCCUGAAAUUCCUGAUAUUGAUAUUCCUAUAGCUCACAGAAAAAAGCCACGAUCAUGUACACUUCAUCCCAUCUCCAAGUUUGUGUCACAAGAAAACUUGACUAAUGGUUUCCAAGCCUUUGUCUCUAAUCUCAACAAUAUAGAAAUUCUAAAGAAUGUGCAGAAGGCAUUAGCCAUUCCGGAGUGGAGAAAUGUUGUCAUGGAGGAAAUGAGAGCUUUGAAGAAAAAUGAGACGUGGGAUGUAAUGGAGCUGCCGAGAGGGAAGAAAACAAUGGGUUGCAAGUGGGGUCAAACAGAUCAUACUGUGUUCUUCAAACAAGCCAAAGAUGGGAAGAAGGUGAUCCUAAUAGUCUAUGUGGAUGAUAUAAUCCUUACUGGUGAUAAUAUAGCAGAAAUGGAGAGAUUGAAAAGUAUUCUUGCUAUGGAGUUUGAAGUGAAAGAUUUGGGGCAAAUGAGGUAUUUUUUGGGAAUGGAAGUUGCUAGGUCAAAGAAAGGAAUCAAUGUCUCCCAGAGGAAAUAUGUCUUUGAUCUUCUCACAGAAACAGGUAUGCUUGGAUGCAAACCAAGUGACACCCCGGUUGAAGCCGGGAAGAAGAUUGUAGACGAUGGAAAGUUGGUUGAUAAAGACAGAUAUCAAAGACUAGUAGGCAAGCUAAUAUACUUGUCCCAUACUAGACCUGAUAUUGCAUUUGCAGUUAGUGUGGCUAGCCAACAUAUGCACUUGCCAAAAGAAGCUCACUUGGAGGCAGUAUACAAGAUACUUAGGUAUCUCAAAGGAUCACCUGGCAGGAUUAUUUUUCAAAAGGACUAG